AUGGUUAGAAAGAAAGUAGAUAAUAGAGUUAGAACAGUGAUUGAGAAUGCUGUUGCAACCAAUCAUAGAUCAUUCUUGGUGUUGGUCGGUGACAGAGGUAAAGACCAAAUACCAAACUUGCAUUACAUUCUCUCAAAGAGUGUAGUCAAAGCUCGUCCAAAUGUAUUAUGGUGUUACAAAAAGGAUUUAAAUCUUUCAAAGAAUAGAAAAAAAAAGAUGAAAGUAAAGGAGACGAUUAAACAAACCAAUGGUAAUGUGACAGUGAAUGGUGAGGAUCCAUUUGAUGUAUUUGUAUCGACUACCAAUAUUAGAUACUGCUUUUAUUCAGAGACACAUAAGAUUUUGGGUAACACUUUUGGUAUGUUGGUGUUGCAAGAUUUCGAAGCUAUCACACCUAAUCUUUUGGCACGUACUAUUGAGACGGUCGAGGGAGGAGACAAUGUCUUCACUCAAGCAGUUGUACACCAUGUCGAUGGACGUGCACUCGCGUUUCCGUACGGGUGA